AUGAGCGAAGAUAAUUAAUUGAAUGUUGAUAAAAACUAAAACAAAAAUAAUCUUGAGAAAAUAAUAAAGUUAGAUAAAAAGAAUGGGAAUUUUGAUAUUUAUGAUAAAUAUUCCAAGUAAGGUCAAUUUUCAAUACGAAUAGACGGAAACUGAAAAUUAGAACCUCUUAGAAUAAUUCACACAUCAACAGUUCGUAUUAGAACGAAUACAUUUUAUGUUAUUUUUGGAGACACAUUAAUUAAGUAUACUUCAAGAAAAUUGAUGAACCUGAAUAUGAGCGACUUGAUUAUCUCAAGGCUAUUAAUGAAGACAUCAUACACACCUAAAUUCCUGUGAAAUAUGCAGAUUACAAGUUUUAUUAAGCAAAAUAAAUCUUAAAUAAGUAGUAUUUCUAAUCAGAAAAUGCAACUUAUAAGGAAAAUAUUUAAAAACAUAUUAGGCUGAGUGGACUUAUUCAUAAAGCCAAAGAUUUAAAAAUCCCCUAAAUCGAUAAAUUAUAUUAUAUGAAAUAGAAAUCCAUGGUUAAAUUUAAUUAAAAAAGUAUAAGGUAAUAAUUUAUUAAGAUAAGUUCGUUGAUAUAAGAAAAUGCUUAAUUAGAUAAACUAUUAGAUAAGUUGAAUGAAUAAAUUGAAUUAAGAACUGGUCAGAAAGAUGAAAUAUUCUAAUAACUUUAAGAAUAUACUGCAGAAUUGCAAUAACUCAACAAAUCAAAUAAAUUAGAUUUAUAAAAUUUAAAUUACAAAAUUAAAUCUGAAUAACCAUUAAAUGUAUUUGGCACCUAGGUUCAUAUAUAUAAAUAAGCACGCAACAAUAAUGGACUCAGUAAAAAUUAAAUUAUCUAUAACAAUGAAGCCUUGCUCAACUUUUUGAGAAAAAGUUUAGAAUAAUUGGAUUACAGAUAAACAGCUGAAUCUAUUGUGAAAGUAGUAAGUACUACUCAUUCUUCAAACGGGUAUACCUUUUGUGUAGCAUUUGAAUAAGCUUUAAAUUCAAACAAUAUUAACAUUUAAGAAGACCUGAUGUAUGAGUUAGAUAAGUUAAGAGAUACAUCCUUAUUUAAGUUUUACAAUAUUCCCCAAAAAACUAAGUAUUCCCAUAUCUCUCAAAACGUAUUUAUACAAAAAUAUCAAAGUUCAUUGGGAUAAACUAGGUAUAGCAUCAUAGAUAGAAACCUAAUCCUUUAAUAAACAAAAACCUCACAAAAGAAUCUAAAAUAUCAUCUUAGAAUGAGAAUGAUUCUAAUUUAUCACGUUAUGAAGCAUGUCAUCAUUGUAAAAUGCUAUUUAGAGAGGAAUACCUAAUAUCUUGUAAUUAUCGAAGCAGUACAAUGGGAUUGCCAAUUAUAACUUCAUAAAUGACAGAUUCCUAUUUAUUCUCUUAAUGUAUAAAUUAUAAUCAGUAAUUUUAGUGGAUGAGGAAGGAAUAACAAGUCGAAGAUAAGUUCCCAACAGAAAGAAAACAGCUUAUAGCAUUUAUUCAAAGAAUAGUAUUUUAUUUUUUGAAUUGUAUAGAUGGGGAAUUAAUAUGUCAAAGGAAAUUUUGUAGAAUGUGCUUAAAGUAGAACUAUGAAAUUAAAAUCGAAGAAGUAGUUUAGAAAACUGACUGGGUUUGUCCCUUUUGUUAAGUACAUCCCAUAUAUCAAGUAUCUAGGCCAUUUGUUUUUGUUCAAGAUGUCAAAGAAAUGAUAUCAUGAUUAAAUUGAAAGAUCUGUUUACAAUUUGUGGAGGUGAUCUCGAAUAAUUGACCAAGGAUUCAAUUUUUGAAAAAUAUGUUAGACCUUUGACUGAAGAAUAAUUAUACAAAAAGAAACCUACUCAAUUAUAAGUAAAACAUUUUUAUUUUCUAGAGGACUGGAUUUUCUAUUGUAAAAUAGUAAUUGAGCAAUUUUAAGGAUAUGCAAACCAUAAGACUUGAUUUUGAAAAUCUUCGAUUGUUGUGUUCUUAGAUAAUGAGAAGAGAAAAAUUGAAAUGGAAAUUAUUAGAACAAGAUAUACUUAUGUGGAAUGAAGAUGUCAAAUCAUAAUAGCUUAAGAAUCAUAAGAGUACCUAGAAGAAUAAAAAGUUACAAUUGAAAACUAAUUAAAUCACAAAGAAAUAAUAGAAGUAAAUAUUCUGCAUAACUUAAAAAGAUAGGAAAUUGAAAAAGCUCAUGAAUAUUAACCCUCAUCAUCUUCUAGUAGUAGCGAAUAUCUCUUAAGCAGCGAAUUUGAAUCAGAAGAAAAUCAAAAUGAAAUAUUGAAGAAAAAACAGAAAACUUAAUAAGAAAUUAAUCCAAAAGUGAAAAGUUAGAAAUACCAAAAAUUAGUUAAUUAGAUUGCAUAAAUUUAGAAGUCUUUGCCAGCUAAAACUCUCAAGAGAGAAGUUGCUUAACUUUUACAAUAUCAGGAUACUGAUACUUACAGUUAAAUUCUUAAAAAAAUCAAAAAGGAUAAAACAAAGCACUCAUCCAAGAGAUGA